AUGCCUUCCAUAACGGACUACAAAGCGUAUCAUAUUUUGAGUUAUGGCUCUUUCCUCGGAGCCACGCUCUUCCAAUCCUUCAUCGGUGGCGUUGUCGCGUUCAAGGUGCUUCCACGAGCCCAAUUCUCGACUCUGCAGAAAGCCACCUUCCCUAUCUUCUUUGCCCUUCAGUCUGUCCUUGGCUUGACUCUCAUGGUCACUUAUCCUGGAGAAAAGCUGCUCGGUGUUGGAGGUCAAUACAUCAGAGAGAAUGUCGGCUGGAGUGGCCUAUUAGUGGACAGCAAUAGAUGGCCCGUUUUUGUGCCACUUGCGACCAUUUUCGUUACCAGUGUCCUCAAUUCUCUGAUUAUUGGCCCAGCCACAACCAAGACCAUGAAGGAGCGUCAUCACCAAGAAACCCGCGAUGGCAAGAAGUACUCUGAUCCUGGCCCGCACUCCAAGGCAAUGGAGCAACUGAACAAGACUUUUGGCAUGUUGCACGGUGUGUCGACAAUCAUCAACCUGACCGCAUUCGGGUGCGCCAUUUGGUAUGGCUUUGUCUUGGGCGAGAGAUUGUAA